UAUGCAACACCAUAUAUUCUUUACAUAAUGAUUGGUUAAUAGAAUACGACAUCAUGAGUGGAAAAGACAAAAAAAUUGAAAAAUCAGCGGAGGUGGACUGUGGAUGUUUUGCGGAGUCACACACUACAAAAGUAUGCCCUCCUAUACGUAAUGUCACGCAUCCUCUGCGCUACUACGAGUUUACUCCGGAUGAAAUUAAGGCGCUUGAAGAAUGUGACAAAGAGAGUUUCUACCAGCGUUGCUUACCAUUUAGUACACUCUUCGCCACCAUCACUUACGCGGCCAUUAAAAGUGGAUUCCUGAAACGAAACCCACACUUUGGCGUAUUCCCGAAAAUGCUGAUGGCUACUUUGAUGGGUUACGUAUACGGACGGAUCUCGUACUCAACUGAGUGUGAUGCAAAGCUGCGUCAGUUGCCAGCUUCCAGCCAACUUGGAAACCUGAUGAGGAAAUACCACGCGGACACCGCUCCUCAGCCGGGAUCGAAAAAAUAAUAAUUCACCUUUCAUAUGUUUAAAAAGUAUACCUAAUAUUCAGUUGUCAGAGUUAUCAGCGCAAGUUUGUACACAAAUAUUUAGUUUUUAUUUCGAUAUAAAAUAAGUAUUAAUAACCCUUGAAAACCCACACAGCGCCAUCUAGUUUCAACCUAGCAGAUCUUGUUUUAUGAGUAAUAGAGAACUAAUAUAAAUACUUAAAUAUAUAUUUUUGUAAAUUAAUGCACCAAAUACCUAUUGGUAUUCUAUUUAUUCGGUGCUGACGCCAGGAACCGAACACCUGAUC